AUGCCGCCCAAGAAGAAGGAGGAGGUGAAGGAGAAGCCCAUCCUGGGCCGCUUCAGGACCAACCUGAAGAUGGGCAUUGUGGGCCUCCCCAACGUGGGCAAGUCCACCCUCUUCAACACCCUCACCAGGCUGUCCAUCCCCGCCGAGAACUUCCCGUUCUGCACCAUCGAUCCCAACAACGCCCGCGUCGUGGUGCCCGACCCGCGCUUUGACUGGCUGUGUGAGAAGGUGCAGCCCAAGGCUACUGUGCCCGCCUACCUGGAAGUCUGCGACAUUGCGGGGCUGGUCAAGGGCGCGGCAGAGGGCCAGGGCCUGGGUAACUCCUUCCUGUCCCACAUCUCCGCUGUGGAUGGCAUCUUCCAUGUCUGCCGCGCCUUUGACGACGCAGACGUGGUGCAUGUGGAGGACAGGGUGGACCCUGUGGAGGACCUGGACAUCAUCCACGCCGAGCUGCGGGCCAAGGACAUUGAGAACUGCAACAAGAUCCUUGAGGGCUUCAAGAAGAUUCGCAUGACGCUGACCAAGGAGCAGAAGGACGAGCAGGCCAGCGCAGAGAAGGCGCUGGCGUGGCUGGAGGAGGGCAAGGACAUCCGGUUUGGCGAGUGGACCCAGAAGGAUGUGGACUGGCUCAACACGGUGCAGUUCCUCACCGCCAAGCCGGUGGUCUACCUGGUCAACCUGUCUGAGCGCGACUACCAGCGCAAGAAGAACAAGUGGCUGGUGAAGCUUUUUGAGUGGGUCAAGGCGCACGGCGGGGACCCCAUCAUCCCCUUCAGCGGCGCCCUGGAGGCCAAGCUGCUCGACAUGCCGGAGGACGAGCGGGAAGUGUACUGCCAGGAGCACGAGGUGCAGUCUGCGCUGCCCAAGAUUGUGACGGCGGGGUUCAAGGCAGUACGGCUCAUCUACUACUUCACAGCAGGGGUGCAGGAGGUGCGGUGCUGGCAGAUCCGGGAGCACACCAAGGCGCCGCAGGCGGCGGGCGCCAUCCACUCCGAUUUCGAGCGGGGCUUCAUCUGCGCAGAGGUCAUGGCGUUUGCAGACAUGAAGGAACACGGCAGCGAAGCAGCCGUCAAGUCUGCGGGCAAUUGGCGGCAAGAGGGCAAGACGUAUGAGGUGCAGGAUGGAGACAUCAUUCACUGGAAGUUCAAUGUGACCAGCGGCGGCAAGAAGUAGGCCGGCCUCGCUGCCAUGGGGCUGUGGAUGCCGGGCUGCCUCGCCCGCUCCUUUGUCCCACGCUUCGCUGGAGUGUCCCCAUGCUCCCUCUCCCUUUUGCUUGCUGCUCCCUGCCCCCACUUGCUUCCCAGCUCUCCCCUCGCCCUGCUCCCUCCCAGCACUGCCAUUUGCCGGCCUGGCGCCGCCAGCUGGGCCCUCCCUCCUUUCCCGCUGCCCUACGUCCCACCUCGCUGCUCUGCUCUGCCUACUUCGCAGCAUUAGUUGGCACAUCUGUGAACAGCCACGCUGC